AUGAUUGGCCCUAGUGCAGCGAUGGCAAAAUUGGCGGAAUCGGAUGAAGACGCAGCCGAGUACGCAAGUAAUAACGACGGAAGCAUUGUCGUAAUUGUUGGCCGGUGGAUACUGUACUGGAACGGCCAAUGGGAUUUCAAGAUAGAUCUGUCGAGAAUGGGGAGAAGUAUAAAGUUGUCUUCCAUCGGGUCAGUUGAGGGGCUUCGAUCGAGAGUCGCUAUGUUGUACGGAUUUCAGGCAUCCCCCGUUUCUAUAGAGCUGUCGUAUUGGAUUGAAGAUCCUAUUGCCGAGCUGAAUGGUAAAGGGACACAACCUGUCCAAAUCGUCUGCGACAAAGACGUAAGAGUUUUGAAGGCCCUAAAUUCGGCAUAUAAGUCUGUCAACAUUUUCGUCACAGUUAGGGAAAGAGUCGGAGAGUCAUUGGUUAUUUUGGGUCCAUGA